UGAGACAUUGGCGUCGCCAGCUGCAAUGCACGAGGGUGGGGGUUUUGCGAGUGCAUGGAGCUGAAAUGGAGUGUGGCUGAGAUGGGUUUCUUUCAUGGGCCAUGAGUAAUUGGGUAGAGACAUGGGCUUAAAUGGGUAAUGGGUAUUAGACAUGAGCUUGUACGAACUGAAGACCGAAUCAAAUUGAUCGGUUUAAACCUUCCUAAAACCCUCCGUUUCUUCUAAUUUCCUCAUUCAUUUUGAUUCUCAACCCCAAUCAAUCUGCUCCGAUUGCGAUUCAUGUCAAAGCCCCUAAAGUUCAUGCAAUCCAAUGCUUCUAACCCCAAACUCUGGAUCCUGAUCGGGGUUAGCGUCGCCGGAAUCGUAAUUUAUGCAGAGACCCGAAGGAGAAGAAAUGGCAAAGUGUUGCAGAGAGAGGACUUUGGUGCCUUCGUCCAUCGUUUUGAGCUUAAACCUUUCCCUCAGCCGCCGCCGCCCGCCGCCAGACUUCCCCUUACCGGCCUCAUUUUCGCCGUCAAGGAUGUAUUCGACGUGAAGGACUAUGUGACGGGGUUUGGCAAUCCGGACUGGAAGAGGACUCAUGAUGUUGCUGAGAAGACCGAUGGGGCGGUAACUCUUCUGCUCAUGAAUGGGGCUGCUUGUGUUGGGAAGACUGUUAUGGAUGAACUGGGUUUUGGGAUUACUGGGGAGAACAAGCAAUAUGGAACUCCUACCAAUCCAAAGUUUCCAUCAUUUGUAUGUGGAGGUUCUUCUAGUGGGUCUGCCGUGGCUGUUGCAGGAGAGCUUGUUGACUUUGCUCUUGGCACUGAUACGGUUGGUUGCAUCAGAAUUUCAGCUUCAUUUUGUGGUAUAUUUGCAUUUCGUCCCUCUCAUGGAGUCGUACCAAUGAAUAGAGUUUUGUCGAAUUCGCCGAGCUUGGAUACUGUUGGAUGGUUUGCUCGUGAUCCAUCCAUUCUACAUCGUGUUGGGCAUGUUCUACUCAAACUGAAUUCAGUAGAACCUCGAAGGAUGCGACGCCUUGUUUUUGCUGAUGAUCUAUUUCAGCUUUCCAAGGUUCCUUUGCAAAAGACUGUUCAUGUCGUUAAAAAGGCUAUAGAAAAUCUAUCUGGUUAUCAGUCUCCAAAACACAUGAACUUUGGUCAGUACUUGGUGUCUAAAAUCCCGAGCCUGAAAGAGUUCCUUCAACAACCCCCGAACUCGCAAAAAGGAAUUUCUAUUUUCAAAGCUUUGUCAUCUGUUAUGAUUUUAUUACAGAGAUGCGAAUUUAAAAUAAAUCACGAAGAAUGGAUUAAGUCGGUCAAACCCAAGUUAGGAUCUAACGUAUCUGAAGAUGUUCUUGCAGCAAUUAAAACAUCUUAUGAUGAUAUGAAAACGCUUUAUAAAGUCAGAACGGAGACGAGACUUGCACUUCAAAGUUUAUUAAAGGAUGAUGGCAUAUUAGUAAUUCCCACAACUGCAGACCUCCCACCAAAGCUAAGUACAAAGAAGGGAAUUUCUUCGGAGUUUCGUGAUAGGAUAUUUGCAUUAUCAAGCAUUUCAAGCGUGUCUGGUUGCUGUGAAGUUGUUGUUCCUUUGGGAAGGCAGGAUGAUUGUCCCAUAUCCAUUUCACUUUUAACAUUCCAUGGUGCUGAUAAGUUUCUUCUAGACACAGUCUUGGAUAUUUUCUCAGCUCUUCAAGAGCAAGUCAGUAUAGCGUCUAACAGUUCAUCGCCAUUUGCUGAUACCAACGGCGACAUGGAUGCCUCUGAACUAUUGAAAGAAAAGGGCAAUGCAGCUUUUAAAGGAAGACAGUGGAAUAAAGCUGUUAAUUACUAUACAGAAGCGAUUAAAUUAAACGGGACGAAUGCAACUUAUUAUUGCAACCGAGCUGCCGCUUACUUAGAGUUAGGCUGCUUUCAACAAGCUGAAGAUGACUGCAGCAAAGCCAUAUUACUUGAUAAGAAGAAUGUGAAGGCGUAUCUCAGACGAGGAACUGCCAGAGAGUCUCUUCUUCUCUAUAAAGAAGCCAUCAAAGAUUUCAAGCAUGCUCUCGUCCUCGAACCGCAGAAUAAAGUUGCGAAUCUUGCCGAAAAGAGAUUAAGAAAACUGAUCAGUUGAGGAUGCAAUUCUCGUAUCGAAAAUGAAAAGAAAACCCGAAAACGAAUAGCAAAAAGAAACAAAGCCAAGCUGAUAGAAGCAUUGUAAUUGUGCAUUGUCAAAUGAAAAUAAAGAGUAGAGCUGGAAAGGAGUCAGAGCCCAGCGGCAGCUGCCAAUUUUGUGAGUAUAUAUUUAAACUUUAGUGAACCUUAGUUUGGCACAGGACCAUGUGGAAUUCUUUUAUCCAUUGAACCGUGUGGGAAGUUUCAAUUCUAAAUUUGGGUGCUUGUUCUGUGUUGUGAAAA